UCCAGGCAGGCUUCGGAACAUCAGCUACUGACUUUGCACAGAAGACAAGAGACUGGGAUUAAAAAAAACUAAAACAUAAACCAAACCGGCAGCACUGUGCCGAGGAGCACCCCACGGCGCCUUUAGGAGUCCCCGCCAUCAUCCCAAGUGGAGAAUACUUCGUGAAGAGCAAGAACAACGCUGAAUUCUGCAGAGCCUCCUCUUCCUCGGAUGGUUGCCUCAUCACCUCCUGGCUCGGAUGCAGGAGACAAGAGGUCGCCAUGGAGACGGACAUCCCGACGGCGUCCAACCAGUCCGUGACAUUCACCUCCGUCUUCAACGCCAGUUGUCGCUUUGACGAGGAGUUCAAGUACGUCCUGUUGCCCGUCUCCUAUACUCUGGUGUUCGUGGUGGGUUUGACGCUCAACGCCGUCGCCCUGUGGACCUUCGUCAAGAUGCGUCCGUGGAACCCCAGCGCCGUCUUCAUGUUCCAUCUGGCCCUCUCGGACCUCCUGUACGUGCUGUCUCUGCCCACGCUCAUCUACUACUACGCCAACCGCAGCCACUGGCCCUUCGGCGUGGCGGCAUGUAAAAUUGUUCGCUUUCUGUUCUACGCCAACCUCUACUGCAGCAUCCUGUUGUUGACCUGCAUCAGCGUGCACCGUUACAUGGGCAUCUGCCACCCCAUCAAGGCGCUCACCCUGGUAAAAUCCCGCCACGCCCACCUGGUCUGCGCUUCCGUGUGGGCGGCGGUGGCCAUUUGCCUCGUGCCCAACCUGAUGUUCGUCACCACAUCGAGGCGGGACAACGACACGCUGUGCCACGACACCACUCGCCAGGAUUCCUUCGAGGAGUAUGUGGACUACAGCUCGGCGGUCAUGGUGCUUCUGUUCGGCGUGCCCUUCCUGGUCAUCGUGGUGUGCUACUGCCUGAUGGCGCGGACCUUGUGCCGACGCAGGCGGGGCUUGUCCGCCAACCCGGCUUCACGGCAUAAAUCCAUCAAGCUCAUCGUGGUGGUACUGAUCGUGUUCGCUGUCAGCUUCGUGCCCUUCCACAUCACGCGUACCAUCUACUACACCGCCCGCGUCCUGGAUCUGGAUUGCCGCACCCUCAACAUCGUCAACUUCACCUACAAGAUCACCAGGCCGCUCGCCAGCGUCAACAGCUGUAUUGACCCCGUUUUGUACUUCCUGGCCGGUGACCACUACCGCGCCAAGCUGCUCUCCGCUCUGACUGGAAGAAGGCGGUUGACCAGGAGCCAAGCGCACACUCAGUCUCCGGCCCACAGGAGCCCAACCAUCGCUCUGGUCUACAAGAGCUUGGAUGCUAAAACCAACAGUGAAGCGCAAAAGUUGUAGAGAGUGAAAUUGUCUUUUUUAGUCUUUUUUUGCACUGAUGGCUAAUUUGUGUGAUUGGCUGGUGACCAAUCCAGGGUCUAGCCUCUCCCAAAAGUCAGCUGGGAUAAGCUCCAGCUCACCUGUGGCCCUAAUGAAGAUAAGCACUAUAGUAAAUGGAUGGAUGGAAGGGCAAAAUGGUAACAUGUAUGGAGUUCAAAGUUAUUAUCGUUAUAGACCCUGUAAAAUGAGUUGAUAGAUUUGUGCAUGUGCAAAGACUGAGAGCUAUGUACUACUCAGGUGUGGAGAUAUAGUAUUAAACUGUUUUUCAUCAUUUCGGUUUUCCAGAUUUCUGGGGGGCGUGGCUAAAACAGGGCCCAUUGACGCUCUUUGACCCUGACAUGAGUUGCCCCUCCCCCAAUAUAUAAAAAGUUGACUGCCUUUGUUCGUACCAGUGGUUAUCCAGCGCAAUUUGCUAGCUAGCUGUGCCUACACCUUGUCUUCCCUUCGCAUAGUCUGCUGGUGUGGCUGCUUUAGCUCGCCACGUUGUUGGCCAUGAGUACACGCAUGUCACAGAGAGAAAGGCAGAAGAGUGAGGGGGAUAUAUAUAACGACUCGGUGGGAUAUAUUCCAGCCACCGGAGGCUUUAAGCAGAUAUAUAUUCGAGGCUCAAAAAAAUGUGUAGGCUUCAGAAAGAGGCUUGAUGAAUUAACAUACAUUUUUCCAGGUCGUUGUAGUGGUAUUUGAUUGUCAGUUGAGUGCGACGUGAUUUCAGCGUGUUCAACAGACACACCCGCAGCGUUUGUGAGCGGAGACAACGGGUUGAUUUUUCAGUUCCUUUUUUUCUUUUUUAAUCAUUCAAAUUUGGCUGGGAUGUUAACAACACUCUUCUCUGUCGUGUGUCAAAUUUACAAGACAUGCUUAUUUUCACUUUACAGGGACUUCAACAAAAACUAGCAAAAAUUAUAUUUGCUGAAACAUUUCUGUUACAUGAAAUAAAAUUAAAAACGAGAGCUAAAAAACAACAACUGAAAUUACAAUGUCUGUUCACAAAACAAAUUAAAACAGAUUAUAAUUCUAGCAAAAAUGUCCUUCGUUUUCCUCUUGGUUAAUUUAUUUUAUACUUACUGCAAGCUACUUGAGUGGAUUUAAAUUUGUUUUAACUUGGCCUUGCUGUUUUUUAUACAAUUGAAUUAGCCAUCCAUCCAUACGUACAUACGUACAUAUGCAUCCAUAUUGUUAAACUAACACCUCUCUGACAAUGUCAAAACGUGAAUGUCUUUGGACAGACAUACUGCAAUCUUUGCAAUGGAACUCGUGUUGCAGCUGUACCUAAUGAUGUGAACAAGUGAACUGCAUAGAGCGCUUGCCGCUUCCUCAACAUGCUCUCAAACACGCACAGCUGCCAGCUGUUUUUGUCCUUUCACUUUUGACAUC